UUUCAAAUAACUAUUCCCUAACUACUCACAUUAUGAACGGAAAUAGAAAAAUGUUCAAGUGUGUUAUACGAUCUAUGUCAAACAGUGUUUUUUGGUUUUCGAAAUAAUAUCUGAAAGAUAAAUUAAUUGAAAACUACGAUGCCCUUAACACAGGUGGCCAAUGCGAGCCUAUAUAGCUUUCUUAAUGGGACCAAGUUCAUGGAAAAUGUGAGCUGUUUGGCGGUUAUGCACUUCCAUUAUAGCCAUCGUUGCGAAAUGGCCACAAAAAUCCUCGACUGCAAAUACAUCACCAACUUCUUCAACUACUAUGUUAUGAUGUACUGCUACUUCAAGAUCGACAAUAAAAUAACUGAAAUAGCAGUGAUGCUGUUGUUUGCACUGAUCUACUGCGUUUUCCUUUGCAUCCUCUACGUGAGCGUCAACAACUAUUUUACACCAACACUCAAGAUCGCUGCUCUGAAAAUGCGGGUCAACGAGUACGUGGCGGGCGUGGUGCUCGUGGGCGUGGCCAACUCCACACCCGAUCUCUUGGUAAACCUGUCGCCAGCCAGGCUGGAGGGUCUCACCUUUAACAUAGCCAUGGCCAACGCCCUGACGAUCAUUUGCUUGAGCGGGGGAGCGGUGUGCUUUAUUCGGCCCUUUAGAAUGAAUGGUCACAGUAUUUUCCGGGAUCUUUUGUUCCUUCUGCUAAUCAUAGAACUGGUAAGGUUUUUCAUGAUAGAUACUGCUCUUAAGCCAUGGAUAAAAGGUGCCAUGAUACUGAGUAUUUAUCCUUUAUACCUGAUAAUUAACAUAGUCGAUCUGAUCCUCCUGCGUUACGCAAUAAGAAAACUUCAAAAGGAUAUUGAAGUGUUGAGACAAUCGCCAUCAUCCCGGAAACACGAUCUUAUACUGACUGAAAAGAUUGUACGCUUGAAUAAUUUACAGCAGGACGAUGAAAUCCAAAUCCUUGAGUCGAAAUUAUAUCGCAAACGAACAUACAACGCAGGUUUCUUUGUUACACCCAAGCCCUUGAUUCAUCACAAGGAAGUUAACGUGGAAACCAACAGAACAAUUCUCCACAGCAAAGCCAAUCCCAAAAACCUUUUCCUAUUCAGCGAGUUCCUCCAAGCCAUCAAUCCGAUCGACUCAGAGCGAUGGUACCUUAGUGGUACAUGUGCACGCAUUUUACAUAUCCUCAAAGCCCCGGUCAACCUUAUGCUCCAGUUGGUGCUUCCAUUGGUGGAUUACCAGAUGGUCAAGCACGGCUGGAGCAAGAUGCUCAACUGCUUACAAAUCGUACUGACUCCUUUCGUGAUCGUCGCACUAAUUGAGACUGCGAUGGCGCACAAAUACGCGGAAUGGUAUUACAUUCCACAGUUCCGAAAGGCAAUAUGGUCAUUACUGGUAACGAUACCCCUGGCAAUUGUAGUAUUCGUGCACUCUCGCACUGACAUCCCGCCAUUUUAUCACUCGGGUUACUGCGUGCUUACGCUGACCACCGUGAUUAUAUUCUUUUGGAUCUGUGCCUGGGAAAUGGAUGUGCUGAUAUCCAUUAUAGGGGUCGUCUUCGAUCUGGCCCCCUCCUAUAUGAGCAUCACCUUCAACGCUGUGUCCGCUGCGACCGCGGACUUCAUAGCCUACGCACAUCUCGCCAAGCACGGAUACGGAAAGAUGGCUUUUGGGGCCAUCAUCGGUGGUUCAGUUUAUAGCUUGGUGGUCAACGUGGGCAUUGAAUUUGUAUUGGAAAAGAAACUCAACUCCCGUGGUCAAGUAGUCUUGUACGGAGACGAAGGCGUUACCAUCUACAUAUUCCUGAUAAUAACCAUCACAACCACCUUGUGGUGGUGCCUCACAUUCAACUUCGUUGCCCGCCGAUCCGCUGGGUUGUUCAUGUGGAGCAUAUUCAUAUUGUUCUUAAUUUACACGACCGCCAUAGAGUUCCAGUGGGUCCAUGGUUUCCAGGACAAUGUUCAGAUUCGCCCGACUCCCUAAUAAAGCAAUGUUUUGCUUAGAAAUAAAAAUUCAAAAAAAGA